CCCACCCAGAUCUGAACACUAGUUGAGCGCGAAGACCAUUCCGUCGCCCCCUCCCCCAUCAAUCUUCUCAGAAGGUUUUGCGGCUGGGGCGACGUCAACGACUCCAGCUCCUGCGAGAUUGAUUACAGUAUACAAUAAAAGCACCCUGGGAGUUAGAGUCUUCCUUGAGGGGGCAUGGGAGGCCUCUGUUUCCCAGCAUGCAGUUGGAAGGAAUGACGCAGAAUGUCUCGCGACGGCAGCAUCACUACCUGCAGGUGCCUCUCUGCUAUCAACUGAGGGCGCCGCCGCCGCUGCCGCGUUAUUAUCGCCACCAUUAUUCUCUGGCGGGAGUGGAAGCGGCGGCGCGGUGCCAGUGGCCCGUCGCAUGGUACUGGGAGGGCCCUUCGGGUGAAUGGCGGAGCCAGGUGGGGCGUCCUCAGGGACAGGCGGAGCUGGUGGGACCUCCGCGGGGGCCGGAGUAACCGACCCGGCCUCGCUGCCUCCUGGCGACGCUCAGCUCAUCGCCCUCAUCGUGGGGCAGCUCAAGAGCCGGGGCCUUUUCGACGCCUUCCGCAGGGACUGCCUGGCCGACGUUGACACCAAGCCAGCCUACCAGAAUUUGAGACAGAAAGUGGACAACUUUGUGUCUACCCACCUGGAUAAGCAGGAAUGGAACCCAGCAAUGAACAAAAACCAGUUGCGGAAUGGCCUGAGGCAGAGUGUUAUUCAGUCGGGGAUGCUGGAAGCUGGAGUGGACAGAAUUAUUUCUCAGGUGGUGGAUCCAAAACUAAACCACAUCUUCAGGCCACAGAUAGAGAAGGCAAUUCAUGAUUUCCUGGCUGCACAGAAGAAAGAGGAAUCAGUGCCAGCUCCUCCCCCAGAGCCUGAGAGUCAGGAUCCUUCUGCUCCAUCACAAGAUGCCUCUGCAUUUCUGGCAUUAAAGUGGGUGCAGUUGCAAAACCCAGGCUGAAUCUGAUUGGCAGUGGACUACAUAUCUUCAGCAAUACAGUUUGUCAACUAGUAUCAACCAUGAUUGAGGGGAGGUGUUGACAAAAGUCACGAGUGGUUUCUACGUGGUGUGGAGGGAUUGGCUAAAUGUGAAAAUAUACUGCUGUGGGCAGAAAUAACCUCUGUCUUUGCUAAUGGUGUAUUUGGGGGGUAUUGUUGCCUCUAUUGGGGAACCACUAGCGUGAAAAAUGGUUCCGGCAUGAUAUUCAUGCAAAUGAUGUUGGUUGGGAUGUAGUAAUGGGAAUAAGGGCGUUUGGGGUAUGUUUGGUUUCCUGGGAGGCCACUGUCCAUUGGACAACCUUGUAGACAGGUCUGGACAAGGGAGCAUUCGGUAUACAAGCAUGAAGCUGAUCACUUCCUAGCAAAGGAUCACCGAGCACUUGAUGUUUACUUAAAUUCAAUAAUAACUCACAGUGCCUGUCCAUCUCUGACACAACUGCAAAAACUGUUAAUUGUUGGCUUUCCAGGAGUAUCCAGGGACAAGCAAGCCUCUGUCAGAUUUCUGGACAUGGUAUUUGCCAUACCUUGCAACUCGGCUCUUUGGCUAGCCUGAUCAAGAAUGUGUGUCAAAGUAAGUGUGGAAAAAGACUUCUUUUGUGAGCCUUGCAGCUGAGGGAAAGUUCUCUUGUCUGUGAGAUCCUUCAGGUGCCUGUUAGAAGCAGCUUAGAAAGUUACAUAAGCUGUCCAGUAGGCAUUUGUGCUCAAGUAUUUGACUAGCAAAUAUCCAGAUUUUUUAAUAAUAAAAUAUUUAAAAAACCUUA